AUGUCGGACUUUCCUCCUCCACCAGUCGACACCAUUGACUGGAGCAACGUGGGCUUCAAGAUUCGGGAAGUCGCUGGCCAUGUUGAAUCACACUACUCUAAGGAGACCGGAAAAUGGACCCCUCCAGUCUUCGUCGAAGAUCCAUUCCUACGAAUCCACGGCAUGGCGCCGGGCCUGAAUUACGGAAUGCAGUGCUACGAGGGCAUGAAGGCUUUCCGUGCACCAAACAACACUAUCAACAUCUUCAGGCCCAACAAAAACGCCGAGAGGAUGCAGCACUCAGCGUCUUUCAUUUCUAUUCCGGAGGUUCCGACAGACCAUUUCCUCGCCUGCUGCAGCAUGGCCGUGGGAAUGAACGCGGCGUACGUACCGCCCCAUGAAACAGGCGCCGCAAUGUAUAUCCGACCACUCCUCUUCGGUAGCUCGGCGCAGCUUGGCCUGAACCCACCCCAGGAAUACACAUUCGUAGUCUACUGCAUCCCAACGGGUGUCUACCAUGGCUCAAACCCAGUAGAUGCUGUCAUUCUUGAGGACUUUGACCGCGCCGCGCCAGAGGGUACUGGUUCAGCAAAGGUUGGCGGCAACUACGCUCCAGUAUUACGGCAUAGCGAGAAGGCGUACAAGGCAGGUUAUGGUAUUACCCUGCAUUUGGACAGCAAGACUAGGAGCGUUGUUGAUGAGUUCUCAACAUCUGCCUUCAUUGGCGUAAAGAAGGAUGGCGACAAGGUCAAACUCGUCGCAUCCAACAGCAAGAACGUCAUCCAGAGUGUCACAGGAGACAGUGUUCUCAGGAUCGCAGAAUCCUUUGGCUGGGAAGCUGAGUCUCGAGAGAUCGCCUAUGACGAACUCAAGUCCUUCGAUGAAGUCCUUGCUGCUGGAACCGCGGCGGCUCUUGUGCCCAUCAAAUCCAUCACUCUGCCUUCCAAGGACGACAAGUUCACAUACGCAGAGGCACAGCAAGAACCAGGCCCAGCAUGCAAGAAGCUUCUGUCGACCUUGAAGGGCAUUCAGCAAGGAAAGAUCGAGGACAAGCAGAGCUGGCUGUUCAAGGUAGAGAGGCCAGAGCAGUUCGGAAAGCAAGAUCAGGCAAAUGGUGCCAAGAUAGCAAUCGCCUUCUGGCAAGAAUACCUCGAGCGCGAAGAGCUCAACGCCUUCCCCAAAGCCUCCAUCGUCCUCCUCCGCCCCUCCAUGUCCUACAUGCUCAUGCAAAGCGCCGAGCCCCUCUCCCUCAAAGAAGUCCUCCCCAACUUCAGCCACACGACCCACGUCUUCCUGCCGAUAAACGACAACACCGACGUCACACAAGCCGAAGGCGGCUCGCAUUGGUCCCUCCUCCUCGUGUCCAUCAUCGACGGCGUGUCCUUCCACUACGACUCCAUGACCCAGUCCAACGAGCGGGAAGCGCGGAGUACGACUAUGAAGCUGGAACAACUGUUGGGCAAACGACUGCGGUUUAUCCCUAUGAAUGAUAGUCCGCAGCAAGAGAACGGCAGCGACUGCGGCGUCUUCGUUUGUGUGCUCAUGCGGCAUUUGUUGCUUAAGAGGCUGCUUCGGGCCGACGCGAGCAAGAAGGUUAGCAUGAGCAUGAGGGAUGCACACAUCAACGCGAAGGAUGGACGGAGAACUAUGCUCAAGGUUAUCGAGGAGAGGAGAGACGAGGGCAAGCGGAGACGCUCAGGAAGCCACUCGCCGUUUAGAAAUCCCUCCGCCCACUCUAAGAGCCCGCCACGUAUAGGCGACGAACAGUCACAGGAGCGUUAG